AUGGCUUCAUUGACUAAAGGUUUCGAACAUUUUGAUUCUAAACUAUUUUCAACUAUUAGUCAACAAAAUGACUAUCAAAAUAUAUUUCUUUCAUCAACAAGCAUCGCUCUUGCCUUAUCUAUGUGUACUGUUGGUGCUCGACAUGAAACAUUACAACAAAUGUUACAAGUACUCGAAGUAUCAUCAGAAGAAGAAUUAAUUCAUAUGGUUGAACAAAUUAUGCAAAUGUUUUCAUAUGCUAAUUCAAGUAAAUUAUCAACAAAUCAAUCUGCAAAUGAUUUAUCAUUACAAAACCGAAGAUCUGCUAUUGAAUCGAAUUUUACACCAUUUCAACUUAAAUUAGUUAAUCAUCUUUAUACACAAAAAGGAUAUAUAAUACGAGAAAAAUAUUUAAAUCUAAUUCAAAAAUCUUUUCAAUCUGAUAUUAAAUUGGAAGAUUUUGAAAAUGAAAGUGCUUAUGUUGUUGGAAAAAUAAAUACAUGGAUAGAAGAACAAACAAAUAAACAAAUAUGUGAUAUAUUAUCAACAAAAGACGUCACAAGUGAUACACGACUUGUACUUAUCAAUUGUAUAUAUUUCAAGGGUGAAUGGCAAGAUAAAUUUCAACAAACAAAUACUAAUAAAAAUGCAGAUUUUUAUCAUGCUAAUGGUGUUACUUCAAAAAUUGAAUUAAUGCAUAAAAAAGAAUCUUAUCAUUAUAUUGAAAACAGAGAUUUACAUGUUCAAAUUGCUCAUUUACCAUAUAAAAGUUCAGAUCCAUCUUUGAAAUUUAUUUUCACUGUUGUUUUACCAUAUGAAGGGAUAGAAUUAGAUAAAGUCGAACAAAAAUUAAUGUCAACUCCAAAAUUAAAACAACAAGUAUUAAAUAUUGAAAAUGCACCAUUAACAGAACUUUUACUGUAUUUACCAAAAUUUAAAUUAGAAACGAAAUAUGAAUUAAAAGAUAUUCUUAUCUCAUUGGGAAUGAAAGAUGCAUUUAGUGAACAAAAAGCAGAUUUUAGAGGUAUUUUUAGUAAAGUAAAUGAUGAAAAUCGUAUAUGGAUAAACAAAGUUAUUCAUAAAACAUUUCUCAUUGUCAAUGAAAAUGGUACAGAAGCUACGGCUGCUGGAGUGGUCAUGCUGAGACGUUAUGGUUCUGCAUUUAAUAGUAGAUCAACACAGAUUGAAUUCAAAGCUAAUCGACCAUUCUUAUUUUUCAUUCAUGAAAUUCAACAUAAUGUUGUUCUAUUUAGUGGAAAAUUUGUUUCACCAUCAGCUCCGAAUAAUUAA